AUGUCUCACGACAAACAGUUCACUUUGUAUUCGCACCCGACAGGGCCGAAUGGAUGGAAAACUGCCUUCAUCCUGACUGAGUUGGGACUCUCAUACGAGACCAUUUAUCUGGAUUUCAUGACGGGCGAACACAAAGCACCUGAAUACACCAAGUACAAUCCUAACGGAAGAGUCCCAGCUCUCAUUGAUCAUAGCAACAGCGACUUCGUAGUCUGGGAGUCCAACGCUAUUGCGAUCUACCUAGUCGACAAAUACGAUACGGAUCAUAGGGUUUCUGCCUCUUCGUUGGAGAGUAGGAUUCAACAGCUGCAAUGGCUAUUUUUUCAGGCAUCAGGACAAGGCCCUUAUUUCGGACAAGGGGUCUGGUUCCGCCUCUAUCACCCCGAAAAGCUCCCCAGCGCCAUAGAACGAUAUCAGAAAGAGGUGGUUCGUGUUCUGAGUGUUUUGGAAAGUGUCUUGUCACAACAGGAGUGGUUGGUGGAGGGCAAGUGUACUGUCGCUGACCUCUCCUUUAUAACCUGGAAUAACUCCAUUGCAACGGUCAUCAUGAAAGGUUACGAAAGCUUCGACCUCGAGAACGAUUUUCCCGCUGUUCACGCGUGGCACAAGAGAUUGUUGUCUAGAGAUGCGGUUAUUCAAGUCCUAGACGUUCAAGAGAGAGAGGCGCAGAAGCAUCCCUUACUGCACAAAUUACUGCAUGGUGAAGUCUGA